AUGAAUUUAAGGCUACUGACUAGAGCUAGUUUCUGAACAAAAAAUACUCCUCUUCCUAUCCAGAGGUCUCUCAAACUUGAUUCAAACAUUCAAGAAUUUAAGCAAAAAUAUUCAGAAAUCUCCUCUAGCGAGGAGAUUUCCGACAAUGUCAGUCUAGCUGGAAGAAUCAUAGGAAUUAGAAAAGCGAACAAAAAUAUUCACUUCCUCGAUCUCUCAAGCAACGGUACAAAGGUCCAAGCCAAAAUUGACAAGAGAGUAUCAGAAGGAAUCCUCGGAAAAGAUCUUGAUAGAGGAGAUAUUAUUUCUCUACAAGGAAAUCCAGGCAGAACCAGAGCUGGGGAGCUCUCUUUAAUCGCUACCAACUGUGCUCUUUUAUCUAAAUGUCAUCAUAAUAUGCCAAUGAUGAACUAUACUCAUACUCAAACUCUUAAGGAUGCUGAACUAAGAUUUCAGAAAAGAUAUUUAGACUCAAUUUGUAACCCUAAAGUUCAUGAAUUGUUUCUGGGGAGAGCAAAAAUUAUCAAAUCAAUGAGACAUUUUCUAGAGUCAAAAGGAUAUCUGGAAGUAGAAACUCCUCUGCUGAACAGCCAAGCUAGUGGGGCUCUUGCCAGACCAUUUAAAACAAGAGCUAAUGAAUUGAAAGCCGACCUUGAGCUGAGGAUCGCUCCUGAGCUGUACCUCAAGCAACUCAUAAUAGGAGGCUUUGAGAAAGUUUAUGAGAUAGGAAAAGUAUUUAGAAAUGAAGGAAUCGAUACCACUCAUAAUCCAGAGUUCACAACUUGUGAAUUUUACCAAGCUUAUGCAGAUUAUGAAACAAUGAUGGAGCUGACUGAGGAAAUGCUGAACUAUAUUGUAACUGAUAUAUUUGAUACAUCCAAAAUAACCAUUCAGAAAAAUACUAGUAAGAAGGAAAAACAAAAGGAUCCCCAGCUUAUCGAAAUUGAUUUCUCAAAGCCAUUCCAAAGAUAUGAUGUUCUCGAAGAAAUAGAGAAUUAUUGUAACGAGAAAAUUGAUCUUGAAGACCCAGAUCUGAGACUUAAGCUUGAAGGUCUUCUUUAUGAGGCAUUCCCAAAUAAAUAUCAAGAAAAUAUGAAUGAGAAGCAGCUAUUUGAUAAACUUAUUGAAGGAAUCAUCGAACCAAAAUGCACUCAGCCAAGCUAUAUAAUCCAUCAUCCAAGCAUCAUGAGCCCAUUAGCAAAAACUAGCGAGCGAAAUCCCUUAAUCUCUGAAAGAUUUGAGCUGUUCAUUAACUCAAUGGAAGUCAUCAAUGCUUAUACAGAGGAGAAUGAUCACCAAGCUCAGUCUGCUAGCUUUGCAAAGCAGAAAGAAUUACAAGAAUCACAUUCAGAUGAUGAUGAGAUCUUACAGACAGAUGAUUCAUACCUGAAGGCAAUGUCUUAUGGGAUGCCUCCAACAGGAGGUUGUGGUAUCGGUAUUGACCGUCUCUGAAUGCUCCUCUUCAAUCAGGCCUCUAUUAGGGAGGUAAUCCUAUUUCCAAUGUUUAGAAGCUCUGUUCUGAAGCCCACUAAAUAACGAGGUUCAAUAUCUGUGAAAAUA